AUGGAUCUGAUGGAUGGAUUCUAUCCGAUCUUCAUGCUUGAACGGGAUAACCCUUACACAGCAGUGAACAACCCCAGUGGUACGCUCUGGGAAUGGCUAGUAAUGCCACAGGGGCUAAUUAACGCCCCUGCAACGUUUAACAGAUGUGUUACGAAUCUGUUGCGAUCGGUGCGCGACUUUGCACCGAGUUACUUUGACGAUGUCUUCGUCCAUAGCCGGGCUAUGGAUGGAAAGACGGACGUGUAUGUAGAUAGAAUACACGUCCGAAAGGUUCUUACAAUUACGCGUGAGCAUCAGUUGUUCGCGAACCUCAAGAAGUGUAUAUUCGCAGCGAACGAAAUACCACUCUUUGGCUGCAUCGUGGGUAAAAACGGUGUACGCCCUGAUCCAGAAAAGAUCAAGGCGAUUAGUGACUGGCCUGUUCUAGUCGACGCCAAGGAGCUUCGAAAGUUCCUUGGCUUAGUGGCGUGCUUAAAGAACUCGCGCAAAUACGCCGAGAUAACCGUUCAUCUCUCUCGUCUGUUGAAGAAAAACGAGAGGUGGUCGUGGAGUGCUGAGUUUCAGCACGCUUUCGAAGGUAUCAAAAUAAGCUUGACACAAUCGCCUGUUUUGGCGAUUGCGGACCAGGACAGACCAUUUCACGUGGUUUGGGACGCCAGUGAUUUUUAG